ACCGGAAACCACAUCAGCCAGAUCGGACCCGAGUCUUUCCGGGGACUGGACAACGUGACGAACUUGUCACUGUCUAACAACAGGAUCUCAGAAGUGAAGUCUCACACAUUUUCUAGCCUGCGGAGCCUCAGAUCGCUGGACCUCAGCAACAACCAGCUAGCCGUCAUCCACCCUGAGGCGUUCACCGUCCAGAGCCGCAUGCUGAGGGAGCUCAACCUCAGUCGGACUCUCUAUAACCACUCGUCCGUCACUGAUUUAGCCACCUCUCUUCGCUGGAGCAGCCUGGCUGACCUGCUGGCACUGGACCUGUCCAGUAACGGCCUUGUCUACUUGCCCCCGGGCAUCUUUUGCCAUCUUGUCGGCCUGCGGCGCCUUCAGCUU